ACAGGUAAAGCGAAACUCGCAGUCCCUCGUCAAGCACAAGUGUCUUUGCUGUCUACCGCUUAUUUCAUUUUGACUUUCAUUGAACUGGUAUUAAUUUGUACUCGUAAGUGAUUUGGAUUAGUGAUUUUACACGUUUGAGUUACGGAUGUGCUCACCUGCCGUUUUACACUAACAUAGGCUUUGAGACUUUAAGUGUGAUUCAAGUAGACGCAGAACAUGAGCGACUGCAUGUUGGGAUUGGGCGGAGGAGCCCAGCCGGAAAGUUCCUCUGACAUAGAUGAGGAGAUGUGGGACCGGGUGGAGGGCGUCCGACACAAGCUGACCCGGAUCCUGAACCCGGCCAAGCUCACACCAUUCCUGCGCCAGUGCAAGGCCAUCGACGAGCAGGAUGAAGACGAGGUGCUCAAUUCCACGCAGUACCCUCUACGCAUCAGCAAGGCUGGCCGCCUUCUGGACAUCCUGCGAGGGCGGGGCCAGCGGGGCCUGCAGGCCUUCUUAGAGUGCCUGGAGUUCUACCAUCCAGAGGAAUACACCUACCUGACCGGCCGCAGGGCGACGCAGCGCUGCUCCAUGCUCGUUGACGAGGAGGGUCCAGAGGGCUUGACGCAGUUCCUGCUCCUGGAGGUGCGGAAGCUGCGGGAGCAGCUGCAGAAUAGCAGGCAGUGCGAGCGGAGACUGUCCCAGCGCUGCCGCAUGGCCGAGGAGGAGCGGGGCCGCGCCGAGCGUCGCGUGCAGGAGCUGCGCCACAACCGGCUGCAGCUGGAGAGGAUGCGUCAAGACUGGGAGGAAGGCAGUCGAGAACUGGCCAGACUGAAGGACCGGCACCUGGAGCAGGCCGUGAAGUACUCCCGGGCCUUGGAGGAGCAGGGGAAGGCCUCCACGAGGGAACGGGAGCUGCUGGGGCAGCUGGAGCAGCUGAAAAAUAGACUGAUGGAGGCAGAGAGGAAGGCAGAAGACAGCCAGGCCCCCCCGUCACCAGCUCCGAAGGACAGCAGCACCCCAUUCUGCCCAAUCGUCAUCCCCUUGGUUCCAGAGCUGCCACCAAUCAAAACACCCCGGGAGGCUAGCGUGGACACAAAGGCUCUGCUGGACAUCCUACAGCAGGACCGCCGGGAAGCGGCUGAGCACCGACAUGAGCUGUGCAGUACCAUCAGCCGCCUGCAGGGGGAGUUAGAGAGCACAGAGGUGCACAGGGACAAGCUGGCAGCCCACUGCGAACAGCUGCAGGCGAAGGUGCGGACGCUGCAGCUGGACUGGGAGAUGGAGCAGAAGAGGAGCGUCUCCUAUUUCAACCAGAUCAUGGAGCUGGAGAAGGAGAGAGACCAGGCUCUGCGCAGCCGGGACAGCCUGCAGCUGGAGUACACAGACUGCCUGCUAGACAAGGACCGCCUGCGCAAGCAGGUCAUAGAGCUGCAGGCCUGCCUGGACAAGCUACAGAGGGAGAGGGAGGUGGAGAGGGAGGUGGAGAGAGAGCGAGAGAGGAGCAGGGAGGAGAACUGCAUGCACUGCUCACGCCUCUGCCUGAUCAGUGAGGAUCACUGCUACCAGCCAUGCUGUUCUGUGACACGGUCCAUUUCAGACACGUCGGUGUGCAGGAGCCCGCUUUCGGACACCUCGUCUCGCUCCUGCCAAAAGACUCCCUCUAGAGGCCAAACCAGCGAACUGUCAGAGGGUUCGUACUCGAACUCGGACGAGAAUCUGCUGAUGGCGCUAGAGGACAGCGAAAGGGACAUCAACAGGCUGUCGACCUUCGCCUUCCCGCCCUGUGUGGACUCCAUCCACCGCAGGGCCCACACCGAAUUCGAUCUGGACUCCUGGGGCAGUGACAAUCUACUUACAGCAGGGGGGCAACGUCAGCUCUCUUUGUCAGAUUCCUUCAGCUCCCUGAACUCUCACCCCUUCUCCUGCGACCUGAACAGCCCCGCACCCUCGCCGCAGCCUGUGAGCAGCCCAUCCAGGCCAGAUUCUUCCCAUCCCUCCCAUUUCCCUGCCACACCCAAACGGAUCACCAGCUUGGCCGACGACAUCACAAUCAUCGGAGGCAACCACAUGGGGAUAUUCGUGCAGAGUGUGAGGGCGGGGUCGCAGGCAGAGCAAUGUGGUCUGCAAGAGGGCAGCGAGCUGCUGGAGCUGGCGCCAGCCAUGCCGGGAGGGGAGAGCGUGCCGCUGGGGCGGUGCACCAGUGAGGUGGCGCACUAUUCCCUGCAGGCCUGGACAGAGCCCUCCGCCCUCAAGCACCAGGUCAACAGCAAAGCAUACUCCCAGCUGUUUGCCCAGAUGGCCUCGCCCUCUUUCAUGGGUGCUGACUCCUUCUACGUGAGGGUCAACCUGGACCUGGGCACCAAUGUUCGAUCUGGCCCACAGCCCCGCUGCGAUGACAUCCUGCUGGUGACGGACACCUGGUACGAUGGCAGGUACCAGUGGCGCUGCAGGCGGGUGGACAGGGAGACGGGUGAGCUGCAGCAAGAGGCAUCCCUGCCCAACUAUAACAGGGCCCAGCAGCAGUUACUAGUAAGAUUCCGCACCCUGGGCCUGAAGCUGAGGGACUACAAGAUAAAGCAGCUGUACAAGAAGGACUCCGAGCGCAUGCGCCUGGUGAAGGUCACAGGCAGGUGUAGCCAUGACAAAAGCGUGGAUUCCCAGCUGGUCUACACUCUCAACCAGCGUCAGGAAGAGAACCUGAUUCCCUACAGCCUGGUACAGCCGGUACAUGUUUCGUCCCGCAGGCCUGUCGUCUUCUCCCCGUCGAUUCUGUCGCACAGACUCAUCGAGAGGCUACUGCAGCCUGCGGAAUCCGGGCUGGACUUCAACACCUGCCCCCCAGAACCCAUUGGCCCAGCAGCAGAGCGGAGGGAUAAAAAUGUCUUCCUGCUUGACGUGCCGACUGACCAAUCGCAGGGCAUCAGACUGGAAUCCAUACAGGAUGUCAUACGUCAGGACAAGCACUGCUUGUUGGAGCUGGGUGUGGGAAGCGUGGAAGCCCUUCUGAGACAGGGCAUCUAUCCCAUCGUCAUCCACAUCAAGUCCAAGGACAAAAAGGCCAGGAGGUUCAAGAAAUUUUUGUCUGGGCAAAGUGAGGAAAAACUGAUGGAGGAGGUGUGUCAGAAAGAAGAAUUUCAGUUGGAAAGCCUGCCCAUGUUACACUAUACUCUCCAGCCCAGAGCGUGGAACUGCACUGAAGAUCUUCUGGUUGCCAUACGCAAUGCCAUUUAUAGCCAACAGAGGGCAGUAGUUUGGGUUGAGCAAAGCAGACUGUAGGGCAUCGAUAGCCGUUCAGAGUGUCGUUGGUUUUAAUGUUACAAAACAGGGUUCCGAUCCUGGAGUUGGGCGGUGGGGGUGCAGAAUCCAACGCAGCUUGUAGAUUUCAAUGCUCUGAGACACCUCUUAAUAUUUAGCAGUUGUGUUUAUGCACAGUUAUCAUUUUUGUGUGUAAUACAGUGGUGAAACCACCCUUUUUAUACUCGGUUUUAUUUAUUUAUCAGCUGAUCGUUUAAAGUAACACACUUAGUCCUACCGAAACAAAGUUAACCCGUCAAGGUGUACUGGUUAAACGGUAAUGGCAUUUGCAAAACAACUGUAAACUCUUACCUUGUCCACAAGAGUAACAUAAGAAUCGUUUUUCAUAACGAAAUAAAAAUCCCCGUAAAUGUGUCUUUCUGAGGAAUUGUAAUAAAUAAAAUUCAAAAUGAAA